AUGAGGCCCCGACUAUUGCUGGUCGCUUUGCUCGAAUCUGUCCAAGCCAUAGAGCUCGAUGUCGACGAUCCCGAAUCCAUCAAAGCUGCAGCGAAGACUGUGGCCUGGGAUCUGGUCGAUUGGUAUUCUGGCAAUGAGACGGGCCAAUCUCCGGGCAUGUUACCUGAUCCGUACUACUGGUGGGCUGCAGGCGCAAUGUUUGGUUCUCUGAUCGAUUAUUGGUACUAUACCGGCGAUGACACAUAUAAUGAGAUCACGACCCAGGGCAUCACCUUUCAGGUGGGACCCAACAGAGACUUUAUGGAGCCCAAUCAUACCAAGUCGUUGGGAAACGAUGAUCAGGCCUUUUGGGCCUUGACUGCGAUGACUGCAGCGGAAGUCAACUUUCCAAAUCCGCCUGAAGAUCAACCGCAAUGGCUGGCGUUAGCACAGGGCGUCUUCAACACACAAUACCCUCGCUGGAACACGGAGACGUGUGGCGGCGGUCUGAAAUGGCAAAUCUUCGCUUUCAACAACGGGUACUCUUACAAGAAUUCCAUCACGAACGGCUGCUUCUUCAACCUAGCCGCACGCCUUGGAAUGUACACCGGUAACACGACAUACCUUGAAUGGGCUGCUAAAGCGUACGACUGGACUUUCAACGUUGGUCUGAUCGACAACUCAAACUUCGGUGUCUAUGAUGGAUCCGACGACACACUCAACUGUACCGACUACAACCAUAUCCAGUGGUCGUACAAUGUUGGUGUAUACCUCCUGGGGACUGCCGUCAUGUGGAACCAGACCGAAGGCGAAGAGCAGGCGAAGUGGGAGAGACACGCCCGUGGUUUACUGGAAGCCGCUCAGCGCACCUUUUUCUAUGAAGACUCCCAGAUCAUGUUCGAGGUGGCGUGCGAGCCGAGUGCGAAUUGUAAUGUGGACCAGACGUCUUUCAAGGCCUACCUCUCCCGGUGGAUGACUGCGUCGACGAAAGUCGCACCGUGGAUGUACGAGAUUGUCAUGCUGCUGAUGCGAAUUUCUGCUCAGGCUGCGGCGGCGCAGUGUACUGGCGGUGAGACAGGGACAAAGUGUGGUACGAGGUGGUAUGAAGGCGGGUAUGAUGGGACCUAUGGAGUGGGACAGCAGAUGAAUGCUCUGGAGGUGAUACAGUCGAAUCUCAUCGAUGAGGUUUUGGGUCCGCUGGGCAAUGGCACUGGAGGGACGUCUGUCGGCGAUAUCAAUGCGGGAGGCCGAGGAUACAGUGCAGGCGGUGACAAUUAUGGCGGUACUAUCACGACGGCAGAUCGCGCGGGUGCUGGUAUACUGACGGCUCUUGUGCUGGCCAUUUUUGUGUGA